AUGGAGGCAUUCCGGAAGCUGAAACUUAUUACAUUGGUUAUAAGUUUUAUCCUUUUGACAUGGUUUGUAUACACUGUGAGGUUUUUUUUUUAAAUUUUACUAUACGGUUUUUGUUCUUUUGAAGCUUUGGUAUAAUUUAUUAGUAAAAAUACAGUAAAUAUAUGUAAAACAAAGAAUGUAACUUAAAAAUCUUGAGCCCAUUUUGUACUAACAACUUUUUGAAAUUAGGCCAGAAGCAAGGAAGAUCCGGUGCCAAACAUUUUCAUUGGUUCAGCACAUCUGGUAGAUUAUCAGAGGUAAGUAUUACAGUCAAACCUCUUUAGUAUUACCACACUCAAUUAGACAUGGCAGUCGGGCAGAUUUUUCAGCUUGACCCGUUUCAAUUUUUUCUCGGUCUGGCCCGGUUUGGCCCGCCUAAAGCCUGGUACGAUUGUUAGGUACACAAUUAAGAAUCUGAAUCAAAGUGACAUUAUAACUAGAAUGUCACGCUACACAGCAAUUUUUUAAUAAGCUGCACAGUAAUUACAACCUGCAAGCAUUUUCAAUUAAUUUUAUAUUUUUUAUCAUAUUUUAGUGCUGACACUCCAUACGCGGUCAUACUAAACACAAUGUCUGAUGAAACAGGCAGCUUAACAACCCAAGGCACCUUACCCUUGUAUUGUCUCAGCGACAAAAAUGAAAAAGUAAAAACGAGUUUCCGGAAAUCGGACAGAAACAGACACUGCUUAUGGAAGAACUACUACAUACAAUGUGACUUCAAGCACCCCGUUAACAGUAUUCAACUGAUUGACUACUACGGAAAUGGAGUCGAAGUGAGUAUUACAAAGUAAUAUUGCUUUAGUUUACAAUUAAAAGUGAAACAGAAGCCUACAUUCCUCUUUAGAUGUCAGUUACCAAACCAGUCCAAAAAAAGAUCCCGUUGGUUGCGUGCUUAUCACGGAUGUUUUACUACGACAACUGGCAAACUGCACUUGCUGUCUUGGAAAUGUAUCAUGCUAUGGGAGUGAAUGAGUUGAGCCUUCAUGUUAUUAAUGUCAUACAAGACAUAUAUGACUUGCUUGAGCUUUACAAAAAAGAAAUCAACUUGAAGAUUUACCCUGGAUAUCUUGCGCCUCAAAUUGUAAGAGUUUGAUUACUAUUAGAAUGUUUGUGGUAUUGUUUGUAAAGUAAAUUUGAAAAGGGGCGAGCCAAAAGAUUGGACCCGGUCCGAUCUUCUUUCCAAGCUUAACCGUUACCUACUAUAUAUAGAAUCGACUAAUGAAUUCAGGCAGGACAAGAUCCAAAUGAGAAAAGCGAAUCCAUGAACCAUCUUCUCUGCUACAACGAAUGUUUGCUAAACUAUCGUGAAGCAGCUGAAUUUAUACUGUUUGCAGAUAUGGACGACUUGAUAACAUCAACUGGGGGCAAUUUAUAUGAUACUGUCAAGAAGGCACAGCUACAAAAUCCAAUAGCGGUCAACUUCGAGUUUUUGUGGAAAACGUCAAGUUAUGCCAAAAGUAAGUUUAACAUUAUUGACUUAUUGUACUUUAUUAUACUACUGUACUCUAGCAUAUAUGAUUUUUAGUUAGUUCGCCUUCCGAGUUUUCAAUUCCUCGGAUAUUCAACGGUCUUUAUGUUGAUACUACCGAAACAUACGGAAAAUCAAUUGUGGUGCCGAAGAGAAUCGACUUUUCACGUAUUCAUAACUUUCGUGGUAUCGAAUUGAAAGGAAAGUUACUGAAAAGUGUGACACUACCAGAGCAAGACGGCUUCACAAUUCAUUUGAGAGGCGUUCGCAAGCACAAAACUGGAGAGUAUGACAUGAAGCUUCCCACGAAUUCAACGCUGUUUGAAGCAAAGACCGAGAAUAUUCAAAGAAUCAACGAGUUUUUGCAAAAACGGUUACGAGGUUUUAGAGGUAGGGCCAAUAUUGUACCUCUAAAUGCUCUGUCAACCGCUACUUACAACUUUGAAAAAAGACUACGAAACCCGUCCUUCCAAAGGGCUUUUAAUGCUCUACCGACCACGCCAUUCUUUUUACCUCAAUUUAUCCGAUGUUAUGAAAUGUUUAUUAACGCAACCAAACCACUAUGUAUUGGUACUAGAAAUUGUGACAUUGACUACACUAACGGUCCAAAGUGUCAGGUCAGCACAAGUAAUUAUGUUGGCUUUAAACACGACAAAGUCCAGGUGUAUGUGGCAUACAACAGAAAACUGGAGAAACAAGAAACUUGUCAGUUAGAAAAGAGAGCUGUCGAACUUGUAGAUCAAACUUAUACUGUAAAUACUUCGAAGUUAUGGGUACUAAUUUUUUUGAUCUUUUUUAUUUUUGUGUGCACGAGAAAAAACACGGUUAUAUCUUCAAUCAAAAGAAUAAACAAAUAAACUACAAUAGUAAACAGCUAAUUUUUUGUUUUAUAUUUAUUUUGAAUUAAAUAGUAAUCUAAAAGCGUAAUGAGGUUGUACACUUUUAGAUGAUCAUCUCACUUUGCUUUUUGAAGCAAAUACUUAGACCUGUGAAAGAACCUGACCGGACCAUGGUUUACGCCGCGGCCGUCGGGCUAGCAUUUGCUCGCGCAGCUCGCCUCUUUUAA